UCAUUCGUUACGAAUUUAUCUAGACCUGCUUUUCAUUAUCUUAUCGGAUAUACCUGGCACCCUUUAUUUUACAGUUCGUUAUGAGUUGGGCACGCCUUAACUGGUUGAGGCCCAUUAUAUUGUAGAAAUUUCCUUAGAAGUUCAAUUAUUUUUUGGAAGUAAGGUCAGAUGAGCAGUCUUUUGAUGUUGAAGUGAUUACGUUUGUGUGUUUUUGUGUUAAACGGACCAAGGAAGUGUGUGGUGUUGCAGGUUUUUCUAUCUAUUUAUCGAAGUAAACAAUAAAACACAGCAUGUUGUGGGCGGCUGUGCUUGUGGUGGCCGCCUUGAGCGACGCACAAGCUCAACUAACAGCUCAAACGAGUAUAGCACCAGAACUGCGUGAAUGUUAUAUCGACCCUAUGCUCGUAAACAGAAAUAAUUUACCGCCGAUGACUAUUUCAAUCCUGAUCGACAUUAUUCGUAAGAUUGAAGAUAAUCCUAACGUCAACAUGGAUUUACGGCAACUCUCCGCUUUAUUGUUGCACACGUACAGACAAGACGGCGUAGAAUUCCAUAGACCAGAAACCACCUUAGUGUCGUCUUCUAUGGUGCUGCCUUUCGCACCCACGUUCCAUUCAUUCCAUCGUCACAGGCUGCUGCUCACGAGACUUAUUCCAAGCAACUUGCAAGUCUUAGCAAAUAAUACCGUAAAUUCAAUUUUAAAGUGUACCCUUCACCAUAUGUUGUCAACAACUGUGGAUGCAAGACUCCGAGGUGAUGAGAGCAGUUGCAACCAAUUGUCGCAAUAUAGAGCACUGAGAAGUGGUAGAUCUCCAAGAUCAAUAAGCGACGAUGUUGAAAUUAUAGACAAAUCUGUACUAAAAUCUACUGGAAAGAAUGGCCAGAUGAACCAUUUUAACCCCAACGAUGACGUAGAAUUUACCAGCUAUGAUGGAGUUAAGUCAGCACGUCAACUGCUUGGAGAUAGCCAAUGCCCGUUAUUAGGCGGAGCUGUAUUCUCUCAAUGGGGGGCUAUAUCUGCCGGGCACCUCAUAGCAGGUGUGGCAGCAGGCGCUCAGCCGCAACAAGUGCCUGUUUUAGAACUUGCCAAAGGUUCCGUUCUUAACUACAAUAACGUACAACAAACAGUAACAUCGCUGUUUCCAGCCACGCUCUCAGGUGACUUGGCUGAAGCAGUUCUUAUUCAAGGAACGGACAGAGGAAGCUCGGCAAUUUCUAUUGGUACAGCGGGGAACUGGAAUAGUACACAACCACCCAGACAUUACAUGCUUCACAGUAGAACGAAUGUCGAAAUGACAGAUCCAGAAAUCCGUGGUGAUAUUGACGGUUUCGUUCUAGGUAGUGCUGUUCCAUCAGCUUUGGGAACAUUCAGUACGAUGAGACUUUCACAGUAUCUGGAUAUGUUUUAUUCAGCAAGGAAUGGUGUAUUUAAUCCUGUUCUUAGAGCCUGUAAUCGUCGAGAUUUAAUCCAGCAAUAUAUAACGAGUACUAAUUUAGCCAGUGAAACGUUCGCUUUUGCCGCAGCAUUGGACACGAAUAUGCCCCUGAGGGGAACUAUUAUUGGGGGUUUGGAACAACUUGUGAAUAGUGCAGUUAAUAACUUCCAGUCUUAUACCAGCAACAAUCUCAAUGACAUGAGUUGUGUUACAACUGAAGCAGUAAGUGUUGAUUUUCGCUUGAGAACAAAUCUUUACAUAGUGCUUGAUUCAAUGUGGGAAUACAAUGCCGUAUAUCCAGCUAUAUCUUACUUGGUGGACGCUAUAGAAGUUGGAAAAUACGGAUCUAGUAUAACAUUGUUGAACGCAUUUAACGGAAACGCUGUCGUCAACACUACAUUUUCGCCUGCAGAGUUCCAUUCAAACUACACAUUGGCGGCUCAUCAAAACAUGUUGACCGGUGUAAACUUGCUCACAACACUUACAAACAUCAGGGUAAUGAUGCAAGCACGAUUAGGAGACGAAAGUCUUGUUAAUUAUGUAGGCGGAAAUUCCACUGUUGUGUUGUUUUUGCUUAAUUCAGGACCCGUGCAAAACAAUGAACAAGUAUUUGAACAAGCACGCCUACUUAAUGAAACUGUGCCUGAUUUAAGGCUUAUAUUUGCGACAUCCACUAAUCAAUUCGACAAUUUGUGGAAUUUAGUGCGUGACAUGCACAAUGACAUCAGACAGGUAGCUUUAUCACCUGGAGGCAUAAAUGUUGAAAUAGCGAUGAGUGGAAUUGUGGAGAGAAUACAAUCAGUUGGAAGAAGAAUUAUAAAUCCAACAUGCGGAUCGCAUUUUACGGGGGGUCCAUCUGGUACGCGACAGUUUGAUGAUUUUGUGGAACCUGGCUACAUCAAUUUUUAUUCUGUUAGUCCCAAUUACUUCUUUACCAACAACGCUAACAGCAGAAUAAGAAUUGCUCGCAGCGGCGCCGGCACAGGAAGCUUGAUAAUUUGCCAUUCGCGCGUCGUUGUUCAUCCAAGACGCAAUGCAACGAUAGUAGGCCUUGAGGAAAAUGCUGUUAUUUGUCAGACCUUGGCAUCCAGUGGUAACGUAGAAAUUAGUUUACAAGGUGCCUGUGACCCAUAUUGGACAAUAGGCCAGUGUCCUAUGCUCUACCUAUCUGUCCAGUCGGACACAAGUGGAAACGCGGCAUCAAGCGCUGUAUGCACAGAUCCUUCGGUGUGCAGAUUUCCUUACAACAUCCGGUACCAAGUGCAAAUUGAAGAACUUUUAUGCUUUAGUGGCUCAGGAACGAUAAGAGCCAGUGUAAUAUUUAUGUUUGCUGCUCUAUUUAUUAGUAUUUUUAGAUUGUAGAGGUGUUAGACACCAUAGCCUACCGAUUAGUUCGUAGAAAUUUGGUAUUUAUUUCAUAUAUUCUGUGUGAUGUAACAAAAUCAUAAACACACAAUAUCAUGGCCUUACCAUAAUAGUCUUAAGGGUGUCUAAUAAAUAAUGUCGGUUUGAAGGUUCCGUUUUCAUUUCGGUAGCUUAUGUUUUCACUUUUUUUAAUGGUUUAUAACUUUAUAGCCUCGUUGUCAUUAAAUUAACACUUAAUUAACUAUUUAUAAUAAUUAUGAAAACGAAAAAUAUGCAUCAUAUUUACGCGUUAUUUUUAUUAAGAUUUUAUUCUUUUUUAAAUUAUUACUAUGAGAUGCAUUAAAUAAAAAAAAUAGUCGCGCCACAGUUAAGACGAAAUGAAUAUUUCUAAAACCCAAAUGGGCUGUGUGCAUCUUUGCUCUUCGUUAUCGGUCCGAUAUUUGUGCGUCAUACUCUCAGAUGACAAAUCACACGAUACGUUUUUAGUUAGAGUACAAUAAUGGAAUCCACAAAAGGUCUUGUAAUUGAUAGCAUUCAUUUAGGUACUCUAUUGAAGUUUUAAAUAAAGACUCUACAAGUUACAAAUAGGUAACUUAAUAUUUUCAAAACGUGGCGUGGUCUACUUUAAGUAAUACUUAAAUGACGACAUUACUUAUGAGACUACCUACUUUAUUAGAUAAUAAUAUUUUGUAAAUUACCUAUAAAUUGUUAUUAUAAUUAAAAUAUCUUAAAAAAAUAUUUUUAUAAAUAAAAUAAUACCUAUCUACAUCUCUAUCUAUACGUAAUUGUUUUAUAAUAUGUAUAAAUGUAGGUACCUAGGUAGAUACAUAGACACGCAAUUAGGCUAAGGUUAUGAGUUUCAAAUAAUUGAAUACAUAUAUGUAAUUAUUAGCGGGAUAAAAAUAUUUAUUUAACAAUAAAAAUUGUAAAUCACACAAAGUUAUACCUUUAAGUAGGUUUGUUAUUAAAAACAAAAGAAUUGGUACUCGAAAUAUUCGGUCAUCUAGCAAUUCCAUAAGCGAGUUAACACUUGCGGAAUUGACGUGGGAAUGAAAAUCCGAGGUUUUUUUUUCACAUUGGCAAACGACAAUUGAUUAAAUUUUUAAUGUUUCUUGAAAUAAUUUAAUGGUUGAUAAGUAUUAAUGAUGUAAACCUUAGACUGAGUACCUACUAACUACAUUCAGGGAAAGGAAGUAUCUAUCUAUUAAGGUACUUAAAAACUGUCGUGUACUUAUCUACUUGUAUUUAAAAAGGAAUUACUUAAGUAUGUAGGUAUCUACGUAUCUAUAUUGUAUAAUAACAUAUUUAUCGCUCAUACAGGGUAACAUAAAAUCGAAUUCACGAAAAAGUACCACCUUUCAAGAAUAUUACCUAAUACGUUUAUUAUGUAUACAUGUGUCGUUUUUUUUAUAAAUAAAUAAAUUACCUGAA